GUUUUCUUUAAAGCUACCAAAGAUGGAAGGCCAAGGCAAGGGUAAUUAUGGGGAGAAGAGAAAGCCGGUCUGGGGCAGAGAAAGACCUCUUGGCCAUGCCAUGACGAGGGUCCCAAUUUUGUCUGACCCCCUGAAGCGAUGACAUCUCCCCCCCCUUUCUGUGGGCUCUUUGGCGUUGAUGAGGAUUGAAGAUUCCCCCAACUGGGCUUGGCUGAUGUGUGGAGCAUGUUGGUUUAUUAGUGGCUGGAAGGAGAGGCUGCAACAUCCACCUGCACGUGGGAGGCUUCUUCAAAGGUUUCAAUCCCCUCGAGUGGUGCUUUUCACACCUGGCAACUUUGAGAUGUGUGGACUUCAACAGCAGAAUCCCCCAGGCGGCAGCGCUCCAGGGCCACAGACCCCAGGCGGGCCUUUUGCACCAGCGCCCUUCAAGCAACAUCUGGAGAUGUUCACCGUGCUGAAUCCCAACGGAGAGGAAGAGCUGAGUUGCAGCUAGCCAGAUGGUGAAGCAGGAACUUCUUGGACCUCCUUUGGGCAUCUUGACCACCUUAGAAGGGCCCAGAGACUUCACAGGCAGCCUCUCCACUAACUAUCUUGGACUCAUGCUGGCUUGAAAGGCAACAGGUGAACGUUGCCUAGAAUGCUGGCCUUGAGGACACGCUGGAUAUUGCUGCCAAGAUCACAUCACUCCUCACCAGCUGACCUCUCCAGGCUCUGGGCCCUGGCCUGCAUGGCAGCCUGGAAGAACAUUGCUCUGGCUUCAACAAGCUUUCAUCCGCUAUGGAAGGUCAAGCACUUUUGUUGGGCCAGCGCUGGGCCAUCCAGUGGUUGCCUUCUGUCUUCUCCCCUCUGAGAAAGGGAUUGGUUUGCAGGUGCUCCUGAGGAGAGGAAGGCACCUGUGUGCCAAGGAUGAGUGCCCUCAAUGGGGGAGGGAUUCUUGGCUUGACCACAGUAUCCAUCACUCUGGACUUCAGCCUGCACAGCAGCUUGAUGGCUUGGCCACUGAGUCACAACUUGACUGGGAAUCACAGUUUGCCAACAACUGAUCCUCUGAAUUCCUCCAUGGGGGCAGACAUCUCUCGAAAGUCCAUCAAGGAGAAGAACUGGCCAGCCCUCCUGAUUCUGGUCAUCAUUGUCUUGACUAUCGGUGGGAACAUUUUGGUUAUCAUGGCGGUCUCCUUGGAGAAGAAGCUCCAAAACGCCACCAACUACUUCCUGAUGUCCUUGGCUGUGGCGGACAUGUUGGUGGGCAUUCUGGUGAUGCCAGUAUCUCUGAUCACUAUUCUCUAUGAUUAUGCUUGGCCCUUGCCUAAACAACUGUGUCCCAUCUGGAUUUCCCUAGAUGUGCUCUUCUCUACGGCCUCCAUCAUGCACCUUUGUGCCAUCUCCCUCGACCGCUAUGUCGCCAUCCGCAACCCUAUUGAGCACAGCCGGUUCAAUUCCCGCACCAAGGCCAUCAUGAAGAUCGCAGCCGUCUGGACCAUUUCGAUGGGUAUUUCACUGCCCAUCCCAGUCAUCGGCUUGCAAGAUGAUUCUCGGCUCUUUGUGAAUGGAAGCUGUGUCCUGAACGACGAAAACUUUGUCCUCAUCGGCUCCUUUGUGGCUUUCUUUAUCCCCCUGAUGAUCAUGGUGGUUGCCUACUGCCUGACCAUCCAGGUCCUGCAGAAGCAGGCGUCUCUCUUCCUCUACGGGGAGCCCCUCAAGCCGAGGAGGAGCAGCAUGAGCUGCCUGAAGAAGGACCCCAACGUGGAGAACCUGUCCAUGCUGCAGAACCACGAGGCAGCUUCCCACUUAAACUCUCCAGUCAACAAAGAAGUUCUUUUCCGGAAAGGCACCAUGCAGUCCAUCAACAACGAACGCAGGGCCUCCAAGGUCUUGGGGAUUGUCUUCUUUUUGUUCCUGAUCAUGUGGUGCCCAUUUUUUAUCACCAACAUCAUGUCCGUUCUCUGCAAGGACGCCUGCGACAAGGCUGUCCUCCGUGAGCUUCUGGAUGUGUUUGUUUGGGUGGGCUACAUCUGCUCAGGGGUCAACCCCCUUGUCUACACACUCUUCAACAAGAUCUACCGCAGGGCUUUCUCUAACUAUAUCCGGUGCCGCUACGAGAGUGGCAAAAGGGCCUCCCAGCUGCACAACCAGUACCCCAACGUCUCCUCCACAGCCUUCUAUGGGAAGGAUCUCAACUUGAACAGUUACCGCCACGAACUCAACAGCACGGAGCUGGAGGAGGAGGAGGAGGCUUUGGCUAUGCAUGUAGGGACCCCAGAGAUCUCAGUAAACAGCUGCAGCGGGGAAAAAACAAGCAGUGUGUAAACUUACACACUUCUGCUCCUGUCUGAAUUUCAUAGCUACGAACAAUGUUCCUGUUAGUCAAAGAACAUUGUAAAUAAGGUAUUACGAACAAAACUUUUUUUUCCAUUUCAGCUUUCAUACUUGUAGCUCCUUGUUUUGCACCAUACUUAAAAUCAGAACGUCUUGGUUGUGGGGAACGGAGCAGGUGGGUCCCCCAUGGGAGCAGCUGCUUGUUUUGCUUAUGGAAAUGUUAUUUUAAUUCUGGUGCAUGAACAAAACACCCUUAAUCUCAGGUGGGUUUUCUUUUUUAUCUUUCUUUUUGUUGGGUCUCAGUGGUCAGUUAUAAGUUACAUAUCAAAUAAAGGGAUUUGGGCUUGGAGACGUCAACGUUUCUUAUUGAGAUACCCAAAGAAAACUCUGGAUGAACCUCUUCCAUCUUCUUGGCUAUGUAAGUCUUGAUCUUGGUCAUGGAGGGUAGUGAAAGUGCCCCCCCCCGUUUGCCACAGCUGGACUGGUGAUAGUUGGAAGGUGUUAGAGGCCAAUAUUGUAUCACUGCUGGAGAAACUGCUGUGCUAUUUGUGGGCUGGCCCUCUGAGCAUUCUCAGCGGGGGAAAUCUCUGCUGCCAGGAAUCAGCUGGAGCGUGAAGCCCUCCUUCCCCAAGGAUGCUGGAGAAGGGGGCCUUCAAAGCCCUCCACCGGCUUUCUGACAGCAGAGGGGGGAUGAAAAAUUAUAGAAGUCUUCUUCCGAGCUCUACAUGGCUCUUCUCCUCCCCUUUGGUUUCCUGGACUGGGGAGGCCUCCCUCCAUCAUGGCAUGACAUGAUAGCAGUAUUCCAGUAUUUUGAGGGGCUGCCAAAAAGAAGAGGGACUCAACUUAUUUUCCAAAACACCAGAAGGCAAGACGAUGGAUGGAUGGAAACUAAUUAAGGAG